UGUCUGUCAGCUGCUUGCAGUCGUAAAAUUGAUAAUCGCAGUUUUUAAUCGAAAUUAUUAAAUUUGCGCUUUCCUGAUAACUUUUACUGUGGUUUAAAUGGAUAGGAAUUGAGUGAGGUGCAUAGUAUUAGAAUUUAUCGGUGCCUAAACAUCGACGCAUAACCAUGCCGGGCACAAAUCUCAUUGUGCCUGUUGUGCUCUGGGGCAAGUACGCCCCAACCCACUGCGUCUCAGCCGUAUACCUGUCCAGAGACCAGAAGACACUGGUCACGGGCUGCUAUGAUGGCCAGAUCUGCAUAUGGGCCGUGGACCCGGAGUCGUUGAAGAUGACGCCCCGCUGCUUGCUCGUGGGGCAUACUGCUCCGGUUACUUGUUUGUCAAGGGCUUCUAUUAUUCAGGAUAACAACUUUAUUGUGAGCUCCUCGGAGGCCGGUGAGAUGUGCACAUGGGACCUUGUGGAUGGAAAGUGCCGUGAGAGUGUCAAGUUAUCUCAAAUACAUACCAACAUACAGGCAUACCACAUGUGCAAUAGCGAUGACUUACGGCUGUUUUGCAACGGCUACUACGCCGAGAUCCUGAUCAUGGAUCCGUUCUCCUUGGAGAUACUGUUCUCGCUCAGCUCCAAGAUGAACCCGGACUGGAUAUCCGCGUUGCAUGUGCUCCGACCAUCGUCGAGGAAAGACGACGUCGUUUUGGCCAUUUCGAUUACUGGGACGGUUAAAGUUUGGUCCCUCUUAGGCCAUGAGAAUAAGCAAUCUGAGCCGAUAUACGAAAAUGAGUCGAAGCAGAUUCGCUGCCUAAACGCGUUAUCACUCAACUGCUGUGCUUACAACCAACGGACUGUGCUCAUAGUGUGCGCGAAGUACUGUCAGAUAUAUGACGCCGGCGAUUUCUCGGUGCUGUGCUCGAUCCAGGCCCCUAGUGGCGAGCGCUGGAUGUCGGGGGACUUCCUGGCGCCCGACCGCGUGCUGGUGUGGUCCACGGAGGGCAAGGGGUACCUCUACAGGCUGCCCGCCAAGUACGCUCCUAGUGGCGAGCGCUGGAUGUCGGGGGACUUCCUGGCGCCCGACCGCGUGCUGGUGUGGUCCACGGAGGGCAAGGGGUACCUCUACAGGCUGCCCGCCAAGUACGCCCCUAGUGGCGAGCGCUGGAUGUCGGGGGACUUCCUGGCGCCCGACCGCGUGAUGGUGUGGUCCACGGAGGGCAAGGGGUACCUCUACAGGCUGCCCGCCAAGUACGCCCCUAGUGGCGAGCGCUGGAUGUCGGGGGACUUCCUGGCGCCCGACCGCGUGCUGGUGUGUUCCACGGAGGGCAAGGGGUACCUCUACAGGCUGCCCGCCAAGUACGCCCCUAGUGGCGAGCGCUGGAUGUCGGGGGACUUCCUGGCGCCCGACCGCGUGAUGGUGUGGUCCACGGAGGGUGAUUUCUCGGUGCUGUGCUCGAUCCAGGCCCCUAGUGGCGAGCGCUGGAUGUCGGGGGACUUCCUGGCGCCCGACCGCGUGCUGGUGUGGUCCACGGAGGGCAAGGGGUACCUCUACAGGCUGCCCGCCAACUCCGUACCAGAUCACAAAGGAUUCCACGGUCCUACUGUGGCUCACGAUAGCCCCGUCUUGUUUGGUAUCCUGGCCCAUCCUGAUAACAAAUUACUGUCAUGCCCGCCCGCAAUGCGUUUCGUGAUUACUUCAGUGGGAGGCAAACAGCGCCGCCUGUUGCUCCGCGGCGACUCACUAGGGACGGUAUCCGUUUGGAACGUGGACGACGCCGCUACGCCAGCGGUGGGGACUAUUCCAUCCCACGCGCCUAUUGUGCUGACCAGCUUGGAUAUGGCCUGGGCGGAGAUGAACCCCAGUCCUGUUGGUAUUUUGGACCAAUUGCACCACCCUGAGGAGCCCGAAGUAAAACUCACGGCUUCCAUCUACCUCCUAGCUGCUAACCGUCUCGUGGUAGGCAGAGAAGAUGGCUCCAUAGUCAUAGUCAACGCCACACACACUGUACAACUACAGUUGUUGCAUGGAAACCAUCAACAGUUGGAUGAUUGGCCACCACAUCAGUUACUGCACGGUCAUAAUGGACGAGUCAACUGUCUUCUGUACCCCCACCAUGUUCAUCCAAGAUACGACAGAUCCCAUCUUGUGUCCGGUGGUAUAGACUUCGCAGUUUGCCUGUGGGACCUAUUCAGUGGUCAACUGUUGCACCGCUUCUGCGUCCACGCGGGAGAGAUCACGCAGCUUAUCGUCCCGCCGCAUAACUGCUCUCCCCGUAUCCAGAAGUGUAUAUGCUCCGUUGCAUCCGAUCACAGUGUGACAUUGUUAAGCUUGGCCGAACGGAAAUGCGUGACGCUAGCUUCACGCCACCUAUUUCCGGUUGUCAGCAUAAAAUGGCGGCCGGGCGACGAUUUCAUGGUCGUAGGAUGUAGCGAUGGCACCGUCUAUGUAUGGCAGAUGGAGACUGGACAUCUAGAUCGAGUGUUGCACGGUAUGAUAGCGGAAGAAGUGCUAGCAGCAUGUGACGAAACGGUAGCAGAUGACCUUGGAGGAUCCUUGGCGGCAGGCGGUGGUGGCAGCGACCUGCAAGGCGCCGCGAACCCUGCUGUGCAUUUCUUCAGAGGUCUCCGGCACCGCAACCUGAACGCGAUGCGCGCGGCCACGCAGCGCGGCAUCGCGGCGCUGCAGGCGCCCCAGGGCGGCGCCGGCGCCGGCCCGCUCGCCGAGCCCGCGCGGGCCCGUCGGGCUCAACUCACCGUGCAAGGGUUCAGGAGCAACCCCAAAGAUCCAGAGAGCCACAUCCUGUUCUUCGACAUCGAAGGACUUAUAGUAGAAUUGCUGAGCGAGGAAUAUUCAGCCAUGAGCCCUGGGACCUUAGAGGCUGCCGGUCUGAUCACCAGUGAAUACAUGACAAUGGCUGCCCUCACGCAGUCUGCCAGCCCUGAUGCCACCAAAAGAAUAUCCGAUUUCUUCGGCCGCGUGAAAGACAAGGCCGGCGAUAUGGAGAGGAUAUUGAAAGAGAAAGACAAGCAUGGUAUCCUGGCCAAAAUGAAGGAGGGCGCGGAAACGGUGCAGACCAAGCUACAGGCGAAGGCGGAACAGCUGAAGAGCCAUAUGGAGAAUAAAGACCAAUCCAGCCAGGGUCAGAAGAAGCGUCCAGCCGACAUGACGUUAGCCGAGCCUCCUCACACCAUGCAGAUUGCCCAGAUCCUGAUAUCGCUGCUGCAUGCUUGGGGUCUUGACCCUGACCUCGACAGAGUGUGUGAGGCUAAGCUGGGGCUGCUGAGACCUAUGGUCCCAGUUUGCUUCGGCGUGGUAUCCCGCCACGGUCACAUGGCGGUGCAGCUGCCUACCCGACUUGGCUCAGUCGCGGCUGGUGUGAAGGAUCCUCAACUCCUCAAGUCAGAUUUGCCACCGGAACUGUUAAGGCAGGAGGAGCUGACCAGACUGUUCUCAUCGAAGUUGCACUGGGAGCUCAGCACGACCCUGACCACCAAUCAUCUGCUCUCCAUCGUGGCUCUAGCCAACACUCUCAUGUCCAUGAGCAACGCCACCUUCAUACCGGAGCAGGAGUUUAACCGGAGGAUGCACAGGUACUGUUCACAGACUGUUCUCAUCGAAGCUGCACUGGGAGCUCAGCACGACCCUGACCACCAACCAUCUGCUCUCCAUCGUGGCUCUAGCCAACACUCUCAUGUCCAUGAGCAACGCCACCUUCAUACCGGAGCAGGAGUUUAA